CUCCGAGACGAGGCAGAUCAGAGGCAGAUCAGAGGCAAGUGUUUUACAGCAAACCUGCAGCUCAGGACCUCAGGUGCCGUGGAAACAGAACAGAAAAGCCUCUCCAGCUUUUGGAUGAUAUCUUAGCAGGAUCAUGUAAACAGCAUCAGGAAGAGGAGUGUGUCUUAAUGGCCUCCAUCUCAUCUUCCUGACAUCAUCAAGUUACAUCAAGUAAAGCCUACGGUGACCUCUGACCUAUGAUCGACAUGGAUGAUGAUGAGCUGCUGUCGGCCGUGUGGGACGGAGAUGUGAAGACAGUGAGAAACCUUCUGAUGUGUGAACAAGCACCAAGGAAGCUCCUGAAGACGGAUUCCAAUGGCUGGACUGUAGUCCACGAGGCGAGUUAUUCCGGCCAGACAGAGUGCCUGAAACUGCUGCUUUCAGCAGCUGUCCCUGAGAUGAUUAACUCCCGAACCUCUACACACCAGACUCCUGUCAUUCUCGCUGUGUCCCGGGGGCAUUUACCUUGCGUGGAGUAUCUUUUGGAAAUAGGAGCAGAUCCUGGAAUUCCCACCAUAACCAAGGAGACACCUCUUUAUGAAGCGUGUGCCACGCGAAAUGUUCAGAUGGUGCAUCUCCUGGUAAAAAAUGGAGCAGAUGCCAAUCAGAAGUGUUUGGACGGAUGGACAGCUCUGCAUGAGUCAGUGUCGCAGAACGAUCUGGAGAUCUGUAAGGUUUUAGUGGAGCAUGGAGCUGAGAUCAGCUCUCGCAACAUCUACGGAGUCACACCGCUCUUUCUCGCUGCUCAGUGCGGAUGCCUGGAGCCUCUGAGGUUCUUUAUCACAAAGGGAGCUGAUGUAAACAGCGAGGCAAAAGAUGGAGCCACGCCGUUGUAUGAAGCCUGCAGGAACGAUCACACAGACAUAGCGGAGUAUCUUCUAUCUCAAAGUGCUGACGCUAACAGACCGGGAAAGGACGGACUUUUACCUCUUCAUAUAGCAGCAAAACAUGGGAAUGACAGAAUCAUCUCCAAACUGAUCCUGAUCACGAGCGUGACUGAAAUCCAGCGCAGUGGCAUCAGCCCGGUUCAUCUCUCAGCCGAGAGCAAUGAGGACGGAGCUCUGGAGCUCCUGAUCCACUCCGGCUUUGACGUCAACUUCCUGCUGGCUCCGGACCGUUCCCGCAUGUAUGAAGACCGUCGUGUUUCAGCUCUCUACUUUGCAGUAGAGAACAGGAACGUCGAGGCUGCCUGUAUGCUUCUGGACGCCGGCGCUGAUCCGAACCUGGACCCGUUCAACGUCCUGCUGCUGGCUGUGAGGCAGGGUCACGUACGCAUGGUGAGCUUACUGCUGGAGCACGGAGCUAACGUAAACGCUAGCCUCCCUACACACCCCAGCACGUUCCCGGCCUGCGUGAUGCUCAGCGUGAGGAACAUUACCAUGAUGAAGUGUCUGAUGGACCACGGCUGUGACGCAGAAGCGUGUUUUCAGUGUGAAUAUGGAGCUGAGGAACAUCCCACCUACACCAGGAGCGAGAUGGAAACACGUCCAUGUCUGCAGUUCUGUGAGAUGAUCUCAGCUUGGCCGGUGCGUCACUGCACAGGACCCGUCGUUAACCUGCUCCUGGAUUACGUCACGCAUGUAACACUGUGUUCCAGACUCAGUAAACUCCUGGAGGGCGAUGGUUCCUGGAUGCAUAUCAAAGACAGAUCAACGCUUCCUCCGAGUCUGAUGCAGCUGUGCAGAGUCAGAAUCCGACAGUUAGCAGGAAGGAAAAGGCUCAAAGACAUCAGCAACCUUCCAGGAAGAUUAAUCAGCUUCCUUAACUACAACGUGCGGUGUGAAGAAAUCAUACUUUAAACUCCUGAUCCAGACCUCGAAGCACCGACACUGGAGACUCCUUCCACACGUUACACAAACAUCUCCGACAAUAGUGUGUUAAUAAUUAUAAACCUGCGCCACUCUCAGAACUGCUGUUAAAGAAAAUGAUUUGGCGCCUUCUGACCAAUCAGAAUGCAGAAUUCGACAGUACUGUGGUGUUACAGAUAAUAAUGCAAAGUGAAGUGCUUUAUAAUACUUAAUCAGCUCAUAUACAGUGUUUUUGUUAGAUUUUAAACUAGUAUCACUAUACUCUAAUAGAUUUUAGAGUGUGUGUGUGUGUGUGUGAUAUUAUUUUGACCACAUGAUGGUGCUAGUGUUAUGAUAAAAGAGAUGUAAACAUGGUGUACAGUACACUUGUGUGUAUUAAUGUUAGAAAAUAAUCUAUAUUUUAUUAUUUAUAUUAAAACAAAUGAAUACAGCAAUAACAUAAUUAUUAAUCCUUUAACUAUAUAAACACAUUUACUUUCUACACAUGGCUACA